AUGGCCUUUUUGCCAUCCGUCAUACCCGUUCUCGGCGUUUUUCUGGUGGACAUACGAAAAGUUCUUGGCCUUCCCUUGACCCGUGUUGAUCAGUCACUCGACGUGAGCAGACGGUCAAAACCUCCCCCAAAAGAACUCUUUUCCGACAUUGUUUCUUCAAGCCGUUUUCUCCAGCAGAUGAAGAACAACAACCCGGCGCCAGCUCCAGGCUUCGGAAGUUACCAGAGUUCGCUCACCCAGAACAACACCCCUGCAACUGGAACUUCUGGAUUGUGGAAUUGA